AUGGAGCUCAGCCCUACCGGACGCUCUACAGUACCCCCUGGUGAACACGCUGGCCUCAUGGAUUGGAUGUCUAGGGCAGGUGAAGGUGUCUUGCUUUCUCCUCGCCGUGACAUUGGCCGCUUUCCUGAAUUGCGCGUAAGUAACCAGAACGCGGUAGACAUUGAACGGAUUCGCCUCGGUCUUGAUGUCCGGACUACAAUAAUGCUCCGCAAUAUUCCGAAUAAGAUUGAUCAGACUAUGCUCAAAGCCAUUGUCGAUGAAACAAGCCAUGGAAAGUAUGACUUUAUGUACUUGCGUAUUGCGUCGGGUACGCCUUCAUAA